UAAUUUAUUGUGAAAAACAUGCUGACAUGUAUGAAAAGAACCAAACAAACAAGAAAACACUUGACAGCACAUAAACUUCAAUUUUAUUGAGCGUGAAAAAAAAUAAACGUAACUGACAUUAACUUGACAUUAACCGUGAACCUGGCACUUUGGGGAUUAUUAAAGGAAGAAGAAGAUAUACUUUAUCAAUCCUGAUAUACACACAAGCCUGAAAUACACACACAUGACAUAAACAGGACGUGUACAGUACAUGCAUUAAAUGGAGAGAUGUGCCUUGGACAGGCACCCCGAACAGUUGGUCAGUGUCUUGUUAAAGUGCACCUCAGCAGUGCCCAGGAGGUGAACUGGUGCCUCCCCAGCAACCAGUCUUCACUCCAAUUAGUCCGUACUGGAACUUGGACUGGCGACCCUCUGGUUCCAAAGCCAAGUCCCUAUGGACGGAGCUACUGCCACCCCUAGUUACUCUGCGCAGAGUGGUGCACUAAAGUAGACUGAACACAGGUGACUCGAUACAUCUCCUGGGUGGAGGUCUGCGGUCCACUGAGCACAUUUUCUAUUUAUUUAUUUAUUUAGUUUAAUUUUAUUAAAGUUCAGUCAAUUGUCUUUUUUUUUUUUUGUCAAGUUAUAUCCUCAUGUUAUAUAGGGGUGAAAAUCACCAGAGGCCCCACGAUACAAUAUUAUCACAAUACAAUAUUAUUGUGAUUUUAAAAGUGUCGCGACAUGCUGGGUAUUUCAAUAUAUUGUGAUUUAUUACCUUUUUUAAACUGUAAGUUAUGUCCCCAAAGGCAAACUUUGUCAACAUCUGUGCCAUCUAAUAAUAUAAAGUUUUUAGCAGAAGAAUGUAUAGUGGACUGAAAAAGCAAUUGAUUUUACUAUUCUAGUAGGCCACCUAAAGUUUAAUUUGUAUUUGUAAUAUUAAUAAUUUAUGUAAUUAAAAACUCAAACCUUGGCACUGUGUGACGAUACAAUAUGCUACACAAAAAUAUCUCGAUACUCUGCUGUGUCGAUUUUUUUUCCCCCAUCCCUAAUGUUUAAGGUUUUUCUGCGGUAUCGUUUGAGUAUUGAGACAUUUAGGCAGGUAUUGAUCAAAGUCGUAAUUUUGAAAUCACAACAACACUAGUCAGUAUCCAAUUUGAUUUACAGUCUAAACAAUUUUCGACUUCCGCUCUCCUUUGACUCUCGAUUUGGAUUAGAAAAAAAACAGCACCAAACAGUACAAUAGUAGAAAAAGAAGAAGAAUUGCAAUAUGGAGAAAAACAGAAUCACAUCAUGGAGUAAAUAAAGUACAUAGCAUGUAAUAAUAAGUAAAUAUUGAGUGUAAUAAGUUAGAGAGUUAAUAUCUGCUGAAGGCCCCCUGUGGAACAAACUCAGUGACUCUGUCAUCUCCCGGCUGCUGUGACUCACUGCUGCUUGUGUCGGUGUAAAUAACCACAGCUAUAUUUAAGGUCCGGCCUGUCUUCUCCAUACUGCUGCAUUAUUUAUAUCUUCCCCCAGUGCCACAGUGAACCGCCUCCCCCCCUCGAGAGCACUGGAACCAAACAAGACGAGGUCGAUUUCAAUCUGCUUUACGCUGUUGUUUAUGAUGCAGACUAAUUAUACUCGGAACAUUUUUUAUCUCCAAAGCAAAAAUAAGACUGACCAUAUCUUGCUGUUGUUUUGUCCUCUUCCAUAAUGGUUUGCAAAAACCACAGAGGAGGUUUUUACGUGGAUUUGUGCAACGCAGCCAGCGUAAGAUUGACUGCAGGCUUUGAUUUGUAUUGAAUUAGUGUAAUUCUGUUAACAGGAAUACAGCCGCUGCCUGAUUGAUUAUCCGCUGCAGCAAAACAUGUUAAAGGCUCCAUUCACUUGUUCAGUUAUUCUCCGAAAAAACAAGUCUCUUAUAUUGCUGUGAAAUUACUAGAUUGCAAUUUAAACAGUCAAUUACAGCAACAAAAUCCUGAACUGACACCACCAGGCUGCAUGCAUUUAUACGGAUAUUAGAUUCAAAUUAAACGAUAUCCAGUCCACUCUGUACCUGUGAGAGGUCAGUGAAGUCUGUCCUGUGUCCAGAGCCUGGUGCGUUCAUGUCCAGUGUGGUCUUUCCUGUCCCACACACACACACACACACACACACACACACACACCCCUCAGCGUCUCUUGUAACUGGACCGCAGAUGUGGGGUGGAGGGCUGUGACAGAAAUAAACACGUGAUGACGCCCCUGCCACUGCUCAGUCCCACCAACUACGAUUCACACACACAUACACUCCUGCAUUUUCUACCUUUGCCCGCUGCCGUCGUCGUUGGGAAUCAGGAGGUUUAUAGUGGGGACAUGGCGGGGCUGCUGUGUGGGACCAAGAGGAAGAAACAAGUGAGUGAUCUUCAGGAGGAGGGGAAGAAUGCCAUCAACGCUCCCAUGCUUCCUACAGGGACAGACAUCCACCCAGAGGACACACUGCUGGAGGAAAAUGCUGAGAGGAUCAUGUUGGACCCGACUUCACGGGAAAAUCUUAAAUUUAAAGAUCUUCUGAAGGUCCUGAUUGACUGGAUCAACAGUGAGUUGGAGGAAGACAGGAUCAUAGUCAAGGACCUGGAGGAGGACUGUUACGAUGGACAAGUGCUCCAGAAGUUAUUUGAGAAGCUGUCAGGCAGGAAGCUGAACGUGGCCGAGGUGACUCAGUCAGAGAUCGGCCAAAAACAAAAGCUUCAGACAGUUUUGGAGGCCGUCAACGAACUGCUGAGGCCUCGCGGCUGGACCAUCGAGUGGAGUGUGGACUCUAUUCAUUCAAAGAACCUGGUGGCCAUCGUCUACCUGCUGGUGGCUCUCGCGAUGCACUUCCAGGCCCCCAUCAGGCUGCCUGAGCAUGUUUCUGUGCAGGUGGUGGUCGUCAAGAAACGAGAGGGAAUCCUGCAGACUGCUCUUGUGACCAAGGAGCUGACGAGCACCACAGAAAUGAUGAUGGGACGGUUCGAGAGGGACGCGUUUGACACUUUACUGGAUCACGCACCUGACAAGCUCAACGUGGUGAAAACGUCUCUCAUCACCUUCGUGAACAAACACCUGAACAAGCUGAACCUGGAAGUUACUGAGCUUGAAUCUCAGUUUGCUGAUGGUGUGUACCUGAUACUGUUGAUGGGGCUGCUAGAAGACUACUUUGUUCCUCUGUACAACUUCUUUCUCACCCCUGAGAGCUUUGAGCAGAAGGUCCAUAAUGUGGCGUUUGCCUUUGAGCUGAUGCAGGACGGAGGCCUGAAGAAACCGAAAGCCAGACCAGAAGAUGUUGUCAAUCUGAACCUCAAGUCCACCCUCAGAGUCCUCUACAACCUCUUCACCAACUACAAAAACUCUGAGUGAACUUUUCCAGUUUUACCCCCUGAUAUUACUAUUGAACACUGCCCCUGUGCCUGCGCUGAUAUUAUGCAUUACACACUGGACACUGGAGGAGACCAACUGGGACUGAAAGACAUCAUUAUGUGGGGUUUAAAAAGACCCAUGUGGAGAGGCCUGAAAAAAGGCUCUGAAUGUUAGUAUUUAAUCUUCCCCAAAUGUCAGUAUUUAUUUAUUCCUUACUUGAAUGUUAAAUGUAACCCAGGAAACUCUGUGACCUUUAGCCUGCAUUUGAAUACACAGCCGUCACAGAAAAAUGAAUGAGGGCAGAAUGUUAAAACUGGAAAGCAUUUGUGUGUUUAACUCCCCACUGCAGAAUAUUUAAGAAAGUUUGAAAUGCUGUUAUAUAUUAUAGUAUCUAAAAUUGAUUUGUGUAAAUAUUAAAAGAAUAGUUUUAGGAAAUACACAUAUUCGCUUUCUUGCCAAGAAUUCGAUGAGAAGAUUGAUACCACAGUCAUGGUUAUGUAUGCUAAAUAUUAAGCUAUAACGUUGGAACCAGCAGCCAAUUAGCUUAGCUUAGCAUUAAGACUUCAAAUGGGGAAAGUGCUAGUUUGGCUAAUAGACUGUCAUGACAUCCCACAUUGGUUUGUGGACUCCUGUUUUGAAGCCAUUAACUUGGCAUUUUGGCCGUCGCCAUCUGGAUUUCUUCGAAGCCAGAAGUGACUAUGUUUACUUUAAACUGUAAUAAAAUGUAAAUGGACGAGUUAUAUAAAAAUUAACCCGCUGUACAGUUAUACAGCUACAGCUAUAGAGACCAAAACUGUUUUGUUUUUUUUUUGUACCAGGCUGUAAACAUGUUUCUCCUGUUAAGUUAGGCAUUUUAAUAUGGGUGUCUAUGGAGACUGACUGCCUGCCUAAAGAGGUGAUUUAAAAAGCUGUGGCUUUUGGCGCUUUUAUGUUGCCUUCAUUUUUCAGCCCCAGAGGUAGCCGCUUGGUCUGGCCCUGAAGAUAACAAAAUCGGCCUACCAACACCUGCAAGGCUCAAACAUAACAUUACGCGUUAGUCCAUUUAAGAGAAAAGUACAUAAACAAACAAAUUGCUUAUCAGAUAGAAAGAUUGUGGUACAUAUUUUAUGCCCCCAAAAUGCCAUUUUAUGCAACUGAAUCUACUGCUUAAAAAAUGUAGAUCACAGUACGGUGCACAUUUUGCCUUUGGAUUAUACGCUAAUCAUAUAGUGACAGAAGGAACCAACAAAAUGUGUUAUUUUAGCUUUCUUGGUCAUUUUAACGAUAUUGUGUAGAAAAGAAAACUUAUUUAGAUUAUUGGCUGCCCCUGUAGAAAGUGUAGCUUAAUAAACACAAAGUUUUCUAGAGUCAAAAGCUGAUGCUCUGUUAUGCUAGUACCGUUAGCAAGAGUUUAGCUUGUUAUGGGGAAAACAAAUGGUAAACAGCAUUUCUUUUACUUACAAAUAAUAGUGAAGGAAAAAACAAUGACGUUAGCCUAAAUGUAGUUUUAGUUUUAGCUAAAGCUAGCCUAUAUCACCAGCUAGCUUUGAAAUGAUUUAACGUUACCUCUCUUUCUUCUUUGGCUAUCUUGUGACAUUUGCUCCCUUCAAAUGGUGUUGUGUUUACCGGGUUAACGUUGUGUUGACGUGAACACCCCCCCUCUCGUCAUAUUCACGUAGUCCAUCUAGAGUCAAAAGCUGAGAUGGCAGUUAAUACUCUGUUAUGCUAGUACCGUUAGCAAGAGUUCAGCUUGCUCCAUCAUGACUGGACUGGAUUUCGGUCAUUAAGUUAUGUGGAAAACAAACAGUAAAUAGCUUUUCCUUCACUUACAAAUAACAACGAAGGAAGAAACAAUAAGUAACGUCAUAGCUAAGGUGAGCCCUGGCUAUAUUACCAGCUAGCUUUGAAGUGAUUUACAUUAGCUCUUUCUUCUUUGUUUAGUUGGUUGUCUUAUGAACAUUUUCUUCCUUUCAAAUGAAGUUGUGUGUACUUUGUUCAUGUUAAGUGUCCAUUGCUGUAUUCACAUGGUCUGUCUAGAGUGAAAAGAUGAGAUAGCAGUUAAUGCUACUCUGCUAUGCUAGUACCUUUAGCUUUGAAAUGAAAUAACGUUAGCCCUCUUUCCUCUCUGUUUAGUUGGCUAUCUUGUGACAUUUUUUCCCUGUAAAUGGGGUAGUGUUUACUGUGUUCUAAGUAAAUGCUUCCCUCUUAGGAUAGUCACAACUUUGUAAAUGGAAAUUUUCUGAAAGCUCCGAGUUCACAAGUCGUGUUUGCCCGUGGUUCAGAUAUAGUCAAUUAUGACUCUUUCUCUUAUGAAUUUUUGAUCCAUGGAGGGUUUAUAUUUGUAAAAUUUUCUUCAAGCUGAGAAAAGUGAUUAAAAAAUCCGUGAUGUCAACACACGUUAAAGUCUGUGAACCAACAGCAGCAUCCAUGUUGCCAUUACCUAGCAGCAGUGCUCUCACGACUUUAACACCAAGCAGGCUACACGGCUUCCCAUGUUGUAUCCGCAAGCUCACAAGUUCAGUUUGAAGGCAGCUAUUUUCAUUUUUAGCUCUGUUUGGGAGUUACUGCAAAAAGAUUUUUCACAGAAAUUAUACAUUUCUAUUUUCCUGUAGAGCAGAAAAGGUGUCGAAAAAGUCAGAUUCUGGUCUGAACACAAGACCAAAUACAUUGUAGUUGCUGCAUUUUGUCUUUAUAGAGCAGGGCUGUUUCUCCCUGCUUCUAUCUUUAUGCUAAGCUAAACUAACCAACAGCUAGCGGUAGCUUCAUAUUUAAUGGGUUCAUAGUACAUGGCAUCAAUCUUCUGACAUAACUCUUGACAAGAAAGUAAAUAAGCAUAUUUCCCCAAGCUAUUCCUUUAAGAAACUUGAAAAAGCUGUUUAUUAUAUAUUAUAUAAUAGAUAUGAAAAUGCUUUGGAUAUUAUUCUCACUACAACUGCUUUAACUCGACAGCUGAAGGAACUUCUCUGUGCCUCGUUUACUCUGAACUAUGCACACCACAUUUCAAGCCAUAUAAGCUGAUGCCUUAAGUACAGUGUGCUCUCUCCGUCCCGGAAGAGGCCCAGUCAGAGUAUCUUCGGCCUUUCAGACGAGUCUCAGCGGAGACCGUGGACCUCACACUGUUCUCCUGUAGCGGAGUACAGCCCCGCAGUGCCACCUGAAGAUCUGCUAAGAUGCACAGUUCAGACUACUCAUGCAUUUCAGAGCCGGGGCUGAAUUAUUGAGAGUGGAUGAGUCAAUCUAAACCGCGCUCGCGCUGGAUGUCUCACCCCUGUGUGUUUUUUUAUUUAUUUUCAUAUUGCCUAUCAAGAAAUAAACGCCUGGAAUCAAAAAGGAA